AUGACCAAAAGCUUGGUCAAAGAGGUAGAUCUUCAGACGGCCCUUGAAAGAGUCGAGGGCUUGUCGUUUUCCCCUGUGUUGCGACGUAAGGCAGCGAAGGGGGGGGGGGGGGGGGGUUGGUACCCCGAGGCCAUGAUCGUGCCGGUGGCCUUCGGGCUGGUCUUCGUGCUCGGGCUGGUGGGCAACGGGCUGGUGCUGGCCGUGCUGGGCCGGGCCAAGCCCGGGCGGGCGCGCAGCGUCACCAACGUGCUGGUGCUGAACCUGAGCCUGGCCGACCUGUCCUUCCUGGUGCUGUGCGUCCCGUUCCAGGCCACCAUCUACACGCUGCCCGAGUGGGUCUUCGGCGCGCUCCUGUGCAAGUGGGUGCACUACUUCGUGACGGUGACCAUGCUGGUCAGCGUCUUCACCCUGGGCGCCAUGGCCGUGGACCGCUACCUGGCCGUGGUCCGCGCCCGCCGCUCGCAGGGGGUCAGGAACACCCGCAACGCCGCCCUGGGGGUGGCCGCCAUCUGGGGCCUCUCGCUCCUGCUGGCGGUGCCGGUGCCGUGGCACCAGGCGCUGCUGACCGGCGUCCAGCAGGCGCCCAACCGGACCUUCUGCUGGGAGCAGUGGGCCGACCGGACCCACAAGCAGGUCUACAAGGCCACCGUCCUGGUGGUCGGGUACCUCCUGCCUUUGGCGCUCAUCUGCUGCUGUUACGCGAAGGUUUUAUUUCACCUGCACAGAAAGAUAAAGAACAUAUCGAAGAAAUCCAGGAGAUCCAAGAAAAAGACUGCAAAGACUGUAAUGCUGGUUGUUGCUGCAUUCCUUCUUUCCUGGCUGCCGCAUCACAUCAUAACCAUGUGGGUUGCAUUUGGAAACUUCCCAAUAACAGACGCCUCAUUUGUUUUCCGAAUCAUCGCUCACUGUAUGGUGUAUGGCAACUCCUGCAUCAAUCCCAUAAUAUACGCUUUCCUGUCAGAGAACUUCAGGAAAGCCUGCCAACAAGUCUUCACGUGCAAAUGCUUUUUGCCGCCUCCCAUUGAGGAAAAGGUGGUGAGGAUUCGCAUGGAGACCUUUUCCACCACCCAUUCAAUAACAAACGCUUGAGACUGUUCUUUGGAUCUGUAUAUUAUUGUGACUGAGCAAAUGUACCUUAUAUGUACUGAAACUGCACAUCCAAUGGGACUCAUAUGACAUAUGGGAUGCAGGUAUUGAUUUGGAUAACACAACAACAACUUGCAUUUAUAUAGCACCCUUCACAGGGGGUUGUGUUCAGAGCAUUUUAACUACCAAUAAAUGUCCAAACGAUGAUUGCACAGAUGCAUCUGUAAAACCAACUGAAGAGUAUAAGUGAGUGCUCCAAUAUCUCUCGGCUAAAAAUGUACUCGGUUGCAUUUUUCUGUACGUGCACAUGUUGAGUAGAAAUAAGCUGGUUAAAUUGUGUGAUAAAGGGAAACCGCAAUGACAUCAAGUAUAAGUUAUUGACAAAUAUUCUAAUCAGAAGCAGCAAUGGGUCAGAUUGGAAUCAUUCUGGAUGUAUUGGACGAUCACAAAUGAACUCGAAACUUAAAGAGGACAAUGCAAAAAGAGCACUUUAUGGUAUUUUGCUAAAUUAUUAAUUCACACAAACAGUUUGAGUAGAAGGAAAGAACCUGUGUAUCUAUAGCGCCUUACCACGUCAAUACUAUUUAAACUGUCUUGCAGUAAUCAUUACCAUUGUGUAGUGACUGUAUUUUUUCUAGGCAAAUAGGACAUUCAAGGGAUAAGUUAAAUGUUGGAGACCAGUUUCUCUAUAUACGCUGCUGAUUGCUCAGAGCCUUAUUGAUUCUACCAUUGAGCCAUUGCCGACUCAUGCUCCUUAGUGAGACCUGGGCCCAUGCUUUGGUUCCCAUGAGGGAAAAAUAUGGAAGAAUCUUCAGGAACUAUACUUUCUGCCCUCUGGUAUUGAAGUAAAACAAGGUACAUUUGAGCUUUAGCUGCAGUUAUUUCAGUACUACUAAUUUGUUUACAAUGGUUCAUAUUUCUGCUAGCAAUUGAUGAAGUAUCUUUCCAGGGGUAUAUUUCAAUGAUUUUCUAAAUGCAGCUGGAUGCAGUAACUUUUAGUUCACUAGCGUGUUGUACAGAAGCAUGGGAAAGAAUAACAUGAGUUAUUUUAUUGGUCAUUAUUCAUACCGCUGCUUAGUACAAACCUCGUACUGAUGUCCUUUCAAAUAAGGGAGCUGACAGUUUAAUGCACAUUAGGUUGUAGAAUAUAAGAGGUAACUAAGAAAACCUUGCCAUUUGAGCUCAGAACCUUAGGGAUGACGGCAAACAAUCAAAGCAGGAUUUUGUGUGUAUUACCAAGCCUAUAAAUGAUCUGAAAAUCUAGAAUGGAUUGCAGAAUAUACACAAUCACAAUCUUUUCAUGUGCCUAGUUUAAAUCAAAUUGAGAUACUUUCAAACAAUCUUAUGAAAUACCUAAGAGUUACUACAACUAAUUGAAUGGUAUAUCCGGAGUAAGAUUCCCACCUACAUCCAGAUUUACUUUUUAGGAUAAUAUUUCAGUGUGCAGAAUUUGGCAAAUUGUCGAAUUCAGUUUUAACAUUUAAAAGGACUUACAGAAAACUGGCUUCAAAAUUAAAGACUGCAUUUAAGAAUUUAAGAAAUUCUGAACACUCUGAAAUGUUACGGUAAUAGAGUAAAUCUAGACUCAGUUGGAAUUUCUACCCAAUUUUAUCCAAACUGAGAAUUUAAAAAUCUUUAAAAUGACAACUACUGGAUUACUAAUCCACAGCCAUAGUUCUACUGUUUUUCUUCUGCAAACUGAACUGAUGUCUGCGAUUUUUUUUUUACUUAUUUGGUUAAAAAUGAAACGUCACUGAGGCUUAGUUAAAAAUUAAAUGAGGUUCUGAAAACACUUGUUUCCAAUAAAGUGCUGCAAAUUGCUUGUUUUAUUUGUGGAGUCAAAUUGUAACUGUGCAUUUUGUUCAUGUUAGAUGCAAGCCUGUGCUCUUUGCAAUUCGUGUUUGUGGAUCACAGAGCUAGGAACUAAUGAUAAGCAGUGAUCAGCAUCAUUGUUAAAUGAAUGUACGAAUCUCAGUCUCCUGGAGAGAGAGGUUAAGUCACUGAAAUGAUUCAUAUUUCAACUAUGAUUCCUGAUGAACAAUAUACAAUCCUAGUUCAGUACUAAAUCAUACAAAAUAGAUGUACCGUAUUGGUUAGAUGUCUAUUGUGCAAGUUGCAAGUUUAUUUGCUUUUAGUUAAAAUCAUCUCAGAAAUAUUGAAAUCUGAGGACAUGUAUAUCACGUGCACAGAAAACAUAAAAAUGACCAGUUUGGAUGUCCAGCUUAUUGAGCAGUGUGCCAGUUCCUGCUGGAUAUGUAUUGAUCCAGUUUGUGAAUUUUUUCUCGAAAUAUUUUGCGUCAGUGUGUUAAGUAUGAUUUUGCUAUUGUUCACAACUUGACAAUUUGCCUGCAUCAAUGUCACUAUAAUAUUGCCUUUAUAUUUGAGCUGUUAUCUUAAUGUGUCUUAAUGCUGCUCACCAUUUCUUUGUCUGUUUAUGGAAGAAUCUUGCAAGAUCUUGACUACUUUUCAACCUUCGAUUCUUAAAUGUUGCAAGGCUGUUUUACAUUCUGGAGAGCUUGUUUAAAUAUGAAGAACAUUUGGUGGGAGUCACGGUUAUGGGGGUGGUAAAGAAAUGCUCAGGUUAGGAAGAGAUCAUCACAAGGUGAAUGGAGUAGAAAAUGGAGAAAACUGAGUGAAGGAAUAAAAGGUAAUUACACUUUUGUUACUUUGGGACAGUCUGGGGUUGUGUUGUUAAAAUUGAAUAGUGUCUCUUCUAGGCCAGUUUUGCUACACAAUUCCUGUUGAAUCAAUGCAAACAGUUGUCUCAUUUAUGGAGUGAUUUUGUUGAAUGGAAGCCUUGUUGGGCGUGCCUUGUGAAGAGCUUUAGCUCUGCCCCAACAGCAUAAAGUUCCCGGGCAUUUGCCCUUAAGAUUUUAACAUGCCAAAGGUCCUGCGACACAACCUCUCCAGCGCACUGGCUAGUGAGCAAACCUCUGCAUGUGAGCAGAAAUCCUUCCACGCUGCCCAGCGCUGCAACUGUUGGGUUUUAGGGAUCAAAAUAAGAUCUUUGUUUCUUAUAUCAUCCAAAAUGAUUAACACAGAACGGCUAUUCAGGAUAUUCACACAACAUGUUGCAAGUAUCCUCUGCUGUAGCUCCACCUGGUGAUUGGAAGCCAACCUUCAGAAUGCACUAAACAACUUUAAUUGGAAUGUUAAAAUACACAAUGACUUUGAGGCAAAUCAACUCGUGUGCUUUACCCAAUUCCAACAGGGCUGCAUAGUGUCACAGGGUCACAAGAUUGGUUUGAUAAAGAAGAUCCUGCGGCCCAUUUGAUCUCAU